AUGGAUAAAUUGAAAAGAAAAAGGACCACGCAUCGGGCGGCGUUUUCCAGAGCUUUAAACACGCUCAACGAGGCUCUUAGUGAAUCCACGGAUAAAAAGAAGAUUGUUUUGUCUUUUCAAAGUUUAGAAGAGGCGAUGAGUGAAUUGACAGUGACGACUAAUGAAUAUCUGGAUAUUUUAUGUGACACGCCAGAGAUAGUGCAAGAAGUUAUCGAUGAAGAACAGUUUCAGGUAGAUAGCUAUAAGAAAAAAUUCCUUGAAGCAAAGUUUUCAGUGUCCGAACUUCAAUCUGAAAGGUCAGUCAAUCAAUCUUUUCAAAGAGAUGGUUCCACUGCAUCAAGUGAUAUCAAAAGAACUUACAAACUGCCAACAAUUGAAUUAGUGAAGUUUGGUGGAGAUGUGCGUGAGUGGUUACAUUUUUGGAGUAUGUUUAAAAAGAUACAUGAGGACUCCGACAUUGUAAAGGAGGAUAAGUUUCAAUAUUUGAAACAAGCCAUGGUAAUAGGAUCCCGUGCUGAUAUGUUAGUGAAAAGUUUCCCUCCUACCGCGGAAAACUAUGAUAAAGUGAUAGACAGUUUAAAAAACCGUUUUGGACGCGAAGACUUACAAAUCGAAGUGUAUGUAAGAGAGCUCUUACAGUUAGUUUUAAAAAACGCAAUAUCCCAAAACAAAAAUAUUGUUUUAUCUAGUUUAUAUGAUAAGCUUGAGUCUUAUUUGAGGUCUCUUGAUUCAUUAGGAGUUACCACAGAUAAAUGUGCUGCUAUGCUUUUCCCUCUCGUUGAAUCUUCAUUACCUGAAGAAUUGUUACGUGCAUGGCAGCGAAGUAAUCUCUCUACAUCGCAAGAAGCUAAUGUUCAGGCAAAGGACAGACUCACUCAGCUUGUUAAAUUUUUGGAAGGAGAAGUGCAAAAUGAAGUGCGAAUUUCAAUGGCAGUGAAGGGAUUCAAUUUAAAACCAACUAACGAAGGUGAUAAGCAAAGAAGAGAUAAAGAGCGCAAUAAUAAAGAUACUCCUAGUGCUGCAAGUUUGAUGACUGUUAAAGGACACAAGAAACAAUGUGUAUUUUGUGAAUCUAGUGACCACGCUAGUGCGGCAUGUGAUAGUGGAAAGAAGAUGACUUACGAGGAGAUAAGAGAAAUCGCGAAGAAAAAGAACUGUUGUUUUAAAUGUUUAAAUAUCGGUCACUCAUCUUUCAAAUGUCGUGUAUUUUUAAAAUGUGAUAAGUGUUCUCGACGACAUUUAACAAUUAUGUGUCCGGGAGAUGAUAAAAGGAAAGACAGUUCAAGUGACACAGUGAAAAAUGAGUGCAAUUUGGCUAGUUUUUGCAAUGAUCCGGAGGUUUUUAUGCAAACACUACGUGUUAAACUUUUUAAUGGACAAAGAGAAGUGAUAGUUCGCGCUGUGAUUGACACGGGUUCCCAAAGAUCGUACAUUACUAAACAAGCAGCGGCAAGGGUGGGCUAUGAACCAAUAGCCGAACAAUUGGUUAGUCACUCGUUAUUUGGUGGUGAAAGGUCCGAUGCUGAAUUGCAUAAAAGAUAUCUCAUUCAUCUACGCAGUUUGGAUGACAAUUACGCGUGCAAUUUUCGUACAUUAGAUCAGAGUGUGAUAUGUGAAGAUGUUCCGUCAGUAAAAAAUGGAGUUUGGAUUAACGAACUAAGGAAGUUAGAUGUCGAAAUUACGGAUACUGAGAGAACGAGUGAACCUGUUUCUAUUCUUAUUGGUGCAGAUGUUGCAGGAAAAUUAUUUACUGGUCAACGCCAUGUAUUAGAAUGUGGAUUAGUAGCUAUGGAAACUAACCUUGGUUGGACGUUAAUGGGUUCGGUGCCAAAUGAGAAAAAACAUAAAGAUGCUGUCAUGAUUGCAACCAACAUGUUCGUUCGUAACGCGAACAUAUCUGAUCUCUGGUCUUUAGAUGUUUUGGGAAUUAAAGACCCUAUAGAGAUUAAAAGUCAAAAGGAACGAGAAAAGGAAAUAAAGGAAACUUUUUUAAAUUCAGUGAAAGUAAACGACGAGAAAAGAUAUGACGUCAAAUUACCUUGGAUAAAAAACCACCCGGAUUUGAAGGAUAAUAAAGGCGUGGCUGUUCGACGACUACAAAACACAAUAAAGAAAUUAAAGAACGAUGAACUAUUAGAAGAGUACAAUGCUGUAUUCGAGGAGUGGGAAGCAGAAGGGAUCAUUGAACGUGUACCUGAAGAAGAAAAGGAUAAUUGGGGACAUUAUUUGCCGCAUCGACAUGUCGUUAAGGAAAAUAGCACUACAACGAUUCGGCCAGUAUUCGACGCCUCGGCUAAAGAUCUUCAUUUUCCAUCAUUGAAUGAUUGUUUGGAGAAAGGCCCUAAUUUGAUAGAGCAUGUUUCAUCGAUUCUCCUACGCUUCAGACAAGGUAACAUUGGUAUAAUUUCUGAUAUAAAAAAGGCCUUUUUACAGAUAAGCAUUGAUGUAAAUGAUCGAGAUUAUUUAAGAUUUUUAUGGUAUGAUAAGGAUGGCAAUGAAAUUAUUUUUCGUCAUUGUAGAGUAGUUUUUGGUGUUUCGAGUAGUCCAUUCAUUUUAGGCGCAGUCAUCGAAAUGCAUUUAUGUACAAUGAUAGAGUCUUUGAAAAAUAAUAAUGAUUUAAAUUUUGAGCUGUUAAACCUCGAAAAAUUUAAGAGUAGUUUUUAUGUUGAUAACUGUGUGACGAGUGUGAAUUCUAGAGAACAAUUAAAUUCAUUUGUCCGAGAUGCAAAAACAGCGAUGGAGAUGGGCGGUUUUGACCUUCGUGGGUGGGAGUAUAGUAAAGAUAACACUCCCGAAAAUCGAGUUGCAGUAUUGGGAAUAAUAUGGGAUAAAGAAAGUGACGUAUUAACGCUUAAUGUACCUUCCCCUGAGAAACUUUUAAAUGAAAAAAUAACAAAGAGAAACAUUCUCUCCAUUACGCACAAAAUUUUUGACCCCCUCGGUUUCGCAUCGCCAGUGGUUUUGUGUCCGCGAUUAUUAUUACAAGAGACGUGGGCUUUGAAAAUGUCAUGGGACGAAGAAGUUAAUGAACAAAUUAAGACUAAAUUUAUUAAAUGGGCGUCUAGUUUAAAGGAUCUAAAUGGGAUUGAAAUUCCGCGAUGUUUUCUCGGUGAGGAAUCUAACACUGAUAAUAUAAGCCUUCACACGUUUUGUGACGCAAGUAAACUUGCUUACGCAGCCGUUGUUUUUUUACGUAUUGAAAAUGCUAGUGGUGUCAAAGUUUACUUUGUACAGUCUAAAUCACGCGUUGCUCCUAUAAAAGGAGAAAAUUCUGACUCACGUGCGAGUAUACCGAGAUUAGAGUUAUUAGCAGCUAGUAUUGGUGUCAGAUUAACCACUUCUAUUAUCGAUUCCCUCAAGUUUGAAAAUAUUCAAACUUAUUACUGGACCGAUUCGUCUACAGUUCUUGCUUGGGUUUGUCGUGGGUUAAAUUGGUCAACGUUCGUUUGGAAUAGAGUUAAAGAGAUCCUUACCUAUACAAGUCCCAAACAAUGGAGACAUGUACCUGGACCUUUAAAUCCUGCCGAUCUACCCUCGCGCGGUUGUACGGUAAGAUCCCUUUUGUCAUCUCAAUGGUGGGAGGGACCAAAUUGGUUAAAAUUAAGCUGGAUAUAUAGGUUCCAUUUUAAUUGCAAACACCUUCCCGUAGAACAAAAGAAGGGCAAUUUGUCAUUUUCGGAGAUAGAACAAGCAACAAAAUUUUUAAUCAAGGUUGUUCAAAAUGAAAGUUUCUCUGACGAAAAUGAUAAAUCCAUUCAGCAUUUUCAACCCUUUAAAGAUAAAGACGGAAUAAUGAGAAUAAAGACGAAAAUAAUUCUCCGGGAUGAUACUGAAAAUUUUCGAUGUCCCAUUCUUUUACCCAACAAACAUGAGAUUGUAGAUUUGAUUAUUAAAGAGAAACACGAAAAUCUAAAUCAUGCAGGUGUAGAAAUGACAAUGAGUUCCGGCGGUGCAUUUGGAGUUAGUUACGUCACUUUCUACAGCUACCUUCCUAAUGGCUCUAAGACGUCAUAUUGCGCGUCGGGAGUAAAUUUUGAAAAGGUCUCUGAAACCCUAGCUGUAAAAGAGAUACAAUGGAAAUUUAAUCCUCCUACUGCAGCUUGGUGGGGGGGAUUUUGGGAACGUCUUAUCGGAAUUUUAAAACGUUUAUUACGUCGAACUCUUAAGAGAACUUGCUUAAAUUAUGAAGAAAUGUUAACAGUGCUUUUAGAUUGCGAGGCCGUAAUAAAUUCUAGGCCUAUCACUUUUAUGUCGGAAAAUGAACAUGAUAUCGUACCGCUUACUCCAUCCAUGUUUCUGCAGGAAGUAAAAGAAAUAGGUGUGAUUGAAUUAGACGAAAUUGAAAAGGUUCAAUUUGAAAAACGUUAUUUGUAUAGACAAAAAGUAAAGGAUGAUCUUAGACGCAGGUUUCGUAGUGAGUAUUUAGGCGCAUUAUCGAAUCAAUCAACACGACAACAGAAAUCUAAUAAAGUUGUAAAUAUAGGCGACCUUGUUUUGAUAGGCAGCGAAAAUGUAAAAAGAAUUAAUUGGCCGUUAGCUCGUGUUAAAAAUAUUAUUUUCGGAAAAGAUAAUAUUGCACGACUUGUACGCUUAAUUACUAAGAAUGGCGAAUUGAUACGACCUGUUCAGCGAGUUUACCCGUUGGAGCUUCAACAACAUACUAGUAUGAAAUCGCAUUAUAAUGAAAUUGUUAUUGAGAAGCUUGAAAAUAAUAAACAGCGGAAUGAGUCAAAGAAUGUCGAAAUGCAUAUGGAUGAUUUAAAUUUUGAAAACAAUGAUAACAAGAUUGUUACAACGAAGAGUGGAAGAGUUGUGAAAAAACCGAAUCGCCUUAUGUAUGGGUAA